CCGAAUGCCGCUGAUUUUGGGCAAGCCGAAUCCCCUGAUGGUGGAGCAGCUGCUGCAAUGCGGCGUCCUCAAGCGGGAGUCCACGCUGAUGGUUGGCGACACUCUCUACACGGACAUUCUGUUCGCCAGCAACUGCGGCUUCCAAUCGCUUUUCGUGGGCACCGGCGUCAGCAUCUUGAAAGAGGUGCGCCAGAUUUGCAAUGACGAAGGACACAGCAAAGUGGACAUGAUCCCAGACACCUAUCUGCCCUCUCUGGGACACUUGCGGGAGUUCCUCUGCUAGAUCUGUCGAUCAUGAACACAACACAUGAAUGCAUGCCCAUCCAUCUCGUACACCUUCUAAAUGUAAUGCUUCCGGUAAUCACCGGAUAGCACUCACGGGA